GCUGGAUGUUGUGGUAUUUGGUGACUACGCUGUGCUGUUCAUAGUCACUUCAGUUUCCAGUAUUUUUUAAACUCGGGAAAAUUCGGGAAUAUUUUUCAUCUCCACAGUCUUUCACAGUUAGACCUUUGCUACUGUAUCUUACCUCUUGUGGUCCUGACCUGUGCAUUGGAGGCGAUGCGUCAUAGUUCAAAUACCAGCCGCCGGAAGGGCAAAACUCCUCAACGUCGUGCGCCAGUGCCAGCCCCAGCUCCAGCCACUUCCGGUUCACCGCCCCGUUCCCCAAGACGGCCCAGAGUUUCAAUGCAGCCUCCUGUGUCUCCCAAAAAGAGAAGGUUCCGACCUGGAACUAAGGCCUUAAUGGAAAUCCGCAAGUACCAGAAGAGCACCGAUCUUCUGCUCAGGAAGGGACCCUUCUCUCGCCUGGUUCGUGAGGUGUGCCAAAGUUUCUCCACAGAGGCUCUCCGGUGGCAGGUCUACGCUCUUCUAGCCCUGCAGGAGGCUGCAGAGGCAUUUCUCGUCAUGUUGUUCUCAGACGCCAACCUGUGUGCCAUCCAUGCCAAGCGGGUAACCGUAUUCCCCCGCGACAUUCAGCUAGCAAGGAGGAUCCGUGGAGUGGAAAACCUUUAAAAAAAAAAAAAAGGAAGAAAAAAAAA